ACCAUCAAAACUCUCUCUCUCUCUCGAUGACUAAAAGUAAACCUGGCCGGUCCUGUUUUUCCGGUUACACCAUGUACAAGUUAUCUCUAACCUUUCUCAUCGUCCUCGUCGUAGCCGUCACUGCCGAUGGUUCGGACUCUCCAUUGUCCAACGCUAGGAGACCCCAGCCCUCCAAGAAACUCAACAAACCGGUGGUUCUAUUGAUUUCCUGCGACGGUUUCCGGUUCGGUUACCAAUUCAAAACAGAGACACCAAACAUCGACCUGCUUAUAUCCAGAGGAACCGAAGCUAAGACCGGUUUAAUUCCGGUUUUCCCCACCAUGACGUUCCCAAACCAUUACUCAAUCGCCACCGGACUCUACCCGGCUUCCCACGGUAUAAUCAUGAACAAAUUUACGGAUCCGGUAAGCGGGGAACUAUUCAACAGGAACCUAAACCCUAAAUGGUGGUUAGGUGAGCCGUUGUGGGUGACGGCGGUGAACCAAGGGCUCAAGGCUGCGACUUACUUUUGGCCAGGCGCUGACGUCCACAAAGGCUCUUGGAACUGCCCAAAAGGAUUUUGCAAAGCGCCUUACAAUGUUUCGGUUCCUCUAGAAGAAAGAGUCGAUACGAUAUUGAACUAUUUCGAUCUUCCAGAGAGCGAAAUCCCCGAUUUCAUGGCUCUGUAUUUCGACGAACCGGACAUACAAGGCCAUGAGUACGGCCCUGAUGAUCCUCGCGUCACGCAAGCGGUCUCAAAGGUCGAUAAUAUGAUCGGUAGGAUCAUAAGAGGGUUGAAGAAGAGGAAGGUUUUUAGUGAUGUUCAUGUGAUAUUGCUUGGUGAUCACGGAAUGGUUACUAACUGUGACAAGAAAGUGAUUUACAUUGAUGAUUUAGCGGAUUGGAUCAAGAUACCAGCGGAUUGGAUCCAAGAUUAUAGCCCGGUGCUAGCGAUGAAUCCACGGUGGGGCAAAGAUGUCAAGAAUCCAGGCGAGAAGAAUGCGGAACUCGUGGCGAAGAUGAACGAAGCUUUGAGCUCAGGGAAAGUAGCCAACGGAGAGUUUUUGCAGGUUUACUUGAAGGAGAAUUUACCGCAAAGGCUACAUUAUUCCGAUAGUUCUCGGAUUCCACCGAUCAUCGGAAUGGUCGGAGAAGGUCUAAUGGUUAAACAGAACAGAACAUACGUUCAAGAAUGUUCCGGAACUCAUGGAUACGACAACAUGUUCUUUUCCAUGAGAUCCAUCUUUAUUGGAUAUGGUCCAAGGUUUAGGAGGGGAAGGAAAGUGCCGUCGUUUGAAAAUGUUCAGGUCUAUAAUGCUGUUGCAGAGAUUCUCGGACUCCGACCAUCUCCGAACAACGGGUCUUCUUUGUUUACUCGUAGCCUUCUCUUGCCCUUUGGAGAAACAUUGCAAGUAGAAUGAAGCUAAAUAAAAACCUAAGACUGUAAUGUCUUUGAAGUUUGUUUCAGCAGAAAUUAUGGCUUUUAGUUUCGGAUGCAUUUUAAUGUUUCAGCUCUAAAUCAAUGUAUCAACAAAUAAUUUGUUAUGGAAUAAUUUUGCUAGUAUAAGACUAAAGUUUUACAAGAUAC